AGGUCUCCAUCUUCUCCAAGCAGUUCUGGGCACCACGGUGAUUCCUUCCUGCAUCCCGGGAGAAUCUGAAGAUAACUGCACAGCAUUAGUUCAUGUAGAAGACAACCCACGUAUGGCUCAAGUGUCAAUAACUAAGUGUGACUCCGACAUGAACGGCUACUGUUUGCAUGGACAGUGCAUCUACCUGGUGGACAUGGGUCAGAAUUACUGCAGGUGUGAAGUGGGGUACACUGGUGUCCGAUGCGAGCACUUCUUUUUAACCGUCCAAAAGCCCUUGAGCAAAGAAUACGUGGUGUUGACUGUGAUUCUCAUUAUCUUGUUUCUUGUCAUAGUCGCCGGUUCCAUCUACUACUUCUGCAGAUGGUACAGAAAUCGGAAAAGUAAAGAACCCAAGAAAGAAUACGAAAGGGUGACUUCAAGGGAUCCAGCAUUGUCACAAGUCUGAAUGAGGCCAUUAAGCUAGGGACAGGGAGUCACAGCAUGGCUAGUAAUGUUACUAUUCCUAUUUUAUUAAUAAUAUUUAUGUUGGAUCACAUGUUAAGUCGACAAUGAUGCAUUUUUAAUAUACUUGUAUUUUUUUAUUUUUGUUUUAUUU